UGCAAAUGCGGUUAGUGAGAUUUUGGGCUUCGUGGGGGCGCAGCGUGUCACCGGCGAGUCGCGGCGUAAAAUGACCGUCAGACAAAGACGCGUCGACAUCUGAGUGCGUUUGAGGACAGCUGCGAUGAUGACGACGAGACGAGCGGACAGCCUGCGAGCCCGCGAUGCGGCGCGACAAGCGUCCGCGGGCGCUUUACCGCAGUGGAUGCGCAUGUAUUUCUACGGGAUGCACGGAGUCACGCUGGACAUCCUGCUGUCGUCUGCGCGCCGGUUCCUGGACGGCAACGACUUCAGACUGCUGGGAUUCUCCUCUCCGUAUCUUUGCGUCGUGCAUUCUAUCACGCAUCUGGUUUUGGAGAAGAUCUACCUGCAAAAAAGAUGCUUCCAAGAGCGCCCUGUCGUUUUCCACCUCGUCUUCUACCCGUCCUUGUACAUCUGCCUGCAGAUUUUAAUAGGGAAUGUGGUGACCAGCACGGAGAACAUCAGAGUGGUUUCUGUCACGCAGCUCGUUGUGCAUUACCUCCUCGCUUUGUACUUCACAAAUGUCUUUCAUAAAGGCUUCCUGCGUCUGCAGUACCAGGACAAGCGGGUGUUAUUGAGGUCAUCCUGCCCGAACGGGUUACCCGGCGUCCUGCGCUUCGUGUUCUUCGGGAUGCACGGCUUUCUGGACGAGGUGGUUUUCACAUCGGUGUUCAACUUGUUUGAGAAAGCGGACCGGACCUUGAGGGGCCACACGUCCUUGUGGUCCUUCCUCAUGUAUGGAAGCUGCAGCUUCGUGGUGGAGAAGCUCUACCUCCAUCUGCACUUCAGGAGAGGAUGGGGAACCUUGCAGCGCCUUCCCAUCUACAUCUGCUUCAUUUACACGUGGGAGUUCAGCUGGGGCUUCGCUCUGAGACAGUAUGACGCCUGCUCCUGGGACUAUUCCCACUAUCCUCUCAAUUUCAUGGGACUGGUGACGCUGCUGUAUCUUCCAGGAUGGGUCUGUCUGAGUCUGUAUCAAGACGUCUUGUCGAAUAUUCUGCUGAGGGUUGUGUGUAAUGAUAGGAAUGAUGAGGAGAUGCCAAACGCUGGUGCCAAUGGACGCCUGCUGCCAAAAGGGAAGCUGGAGAAGGACAAAUCGCAUGUGGGCUUUUCCUAAUGUAUCCUCCUGGGACCAGCAAAAAAGACAUUUGAAUGUUUGAUGCUUGAGAAAGAAUUAAGAAAGGCGAGAUUAGGGCUAGUUGUCACUCCAGGUUUAUUUUGAAGUCAAUUUCUGUUUCGGGCAUGUUGUCACACUAUGUGGGGUAAGUUGUCACAAUGAGAACCUUUAUAUAUGUAUAUAUAUAAUAUAUGACCCUGGAAUACAAGCCAGUCAUUAUGCAUCACUGAUGUAUGGUUUGUUAGGAUAGGACGAUAUUUGGCUGACAACUGUUUGAAAAUCUGGAAUAUGAGGGUGCAAAAAAAAAUCAAAAUAUUGAGAAAAUCGCCUUUAAAGUCCAAAUGAAGUUCUUAGCAAUGUGUAUUACUAAUCAAAAAUUACAUUUUGAUAUAUUUACGGUAAGAACAUGGAACAUGAUUUUUACUUAAUAUCGUAAUGAUUUUUGGCAUAAAAGAAAAAUCAAAAGUUUUGACCCAUUCAUUGUAUUUUUGGCUAUUGCUUACAAAUAUACCAGUGCCAUUUAAGACUGGUUUUGUGGUCCAGGGUCACAUAUAUAAAUUUAAAUACUAAAAUAAUUGUGAAUCACACAAAAAAAAAAUCAUGAAAAUAUAAAAAUAUGUAAUUUAACACAGACAAAUAUUGUUGUUUUAGCCGAUAGAAAACAAAAAUGCUAUUAUUUAAUAUUUAUUUAUAUAUUUAUUUAUAAUAUUUAGUAUUUAUAUGAAUUAUACU